UCUGAUUAUAUUAGAGACAUUACUUACUGAUAUAACUUAAAGUUUAGGUUUACCAUUUGUAGUGAUAAAUGCGGCUUGGAUCAGAAUAUUUUAUAACCAUGAAUAAAGUGUUUAAAUGACAAGUUAUUACUUUUGUUGUUAUGUAGAUUUUCUUAACGUGAAAACAAUGUGUUCAUAAGUGUAUAAGAAUAUAUUUUUACAAUUUAUUGUAUAAAUUAGUAUUGCCGAGCUGGUACGAGUCAAUGAAUUAGGUUUUACUUCGAUUGUGUUUAAACCAUUAUCAGAAAAACAAAAGUUAAAAUGAAUAUUAACGUAAUGUUGGAUGAACAUUUGACAAGUCAUAGUUGUGUGAAACUCGUAAUUGAACUCCUGAAAUAUAUUUUAUAUCAGAAACAGCAAAUACCCUUUACAUACGAUUCACUAUCUAAGUUACAAAUGAAAUCAACGGACAGAAAUUCGUCUGCUAUAAAAACAUUAUUGAAUUCUCUGAAAAGCACCUCAGAACAGUUAAAUUCGCAGUUUCAUCUAAAAGGCUGCAAAAUCAAGGAAAUUGCUAUACUUAUUGGUGCUACAAUAAUAUCACCAAGAUUACACAUCCGAAUUGAAUUUCCAUCUGAUAUUCUUAGUAGCCAAGAACACUUUGAAUGUAAACAUGCAUCUAGGAAGCCACUGUUAAGUUUAAUGAGGUCAAUGUUGGAAUGUCCAGCAUUUCAAGAUGCAUUGACUUUACCAUUGCAUCCUACAAACACCUUUGUGCUAAUACAAAAGAGUGAUAGUAAUUCAGUGUCAGAGUUCUUUUUACCUAAACCGUUAUAUAUACCUUCCGAACGUAACUCAAAUUAUUUUGUAAUUAAACUACAACACAAGGAUCAAGUAAAAAUAGACUGUAAUUGCAUAAAUGUAGUAAAAGUUUAUAACGAAGUGUCUGAGUCCAAUACUAACAUAGACAAAGACAUUGAAUUUUUAAAUAAUUCUAAUGUGAGUAUCACACAUGUUCCCUAUCAAUGGUAUCAAUCUAAAGAAGUGAUUAAAGGGUUUAAGUUUAUAAGAUGACCAUAGUUUUAAGAUCUAAUUUUCAGAUAACCAAUUAAUAAAAUUAUAGCAAAUUUUUAAUAAAUAUUGAGCAUUAGAUUAAUUUUUAAGACAUUGAAAAAAUAUUCUAUUAAAUAUGUUAAUUUUGAUAUUUAGAAUAUACAGGUAACUGCAAGUAUUAUUUAGAUUAUUUUCUAGAAAUCUUUUAUAACAAGCUGUUAAUCGUGUAGAAUAUAUAUUGAUUUAUACAUUGAAGAUAUAUUAAUUAUAAAUAAAAUAUUGUAUAACCAUUAAAUAA